AUGUCGACUUUCACACAUCUCGUUCGCUUCCUGGCCAAGAAUGGCCAGGUCUAUUAUGGCGAUGCUAUUCUCCCGUCUGGAGUGACCGAUAUUGCCAAGGCCACCCAGGCUCGUGUCAUUCAGGGCGACAUCUUCGGCCAGCACCAGGUUACCGACCAGGUCGCAGAUGUGAGAAUGCUCCUCGCACCUCUGGCCCGGAAGGACAUUGGAACCGUGCGUUGCUUGGGUCUCAACUACGAGCAACACGCCAAGGAAUCCAACAUGCCCAUCCCCAAGUUCCCCAUCUUGUUCUACAAGCCCGUCACUUCCCUUUCCGGUCCCACAGAUGACAUCCCUGUCCCCCAGAUGGCCCAGGAGGGCGAGGGAUUGGAUUACGAGUGUGAACUGGUCAUCAUUAUUGGCAAAGAGGCCACUGAUGUCCCCGAGAGCAAGGCGCUGGAUUAUGUCCUGGGUUAUGCUGUCGGCAACGAUGUUUCCCACCGCGAUUGGCAGAUCAAGCACGGUGGAGGCCAGUGGAGUCUGGGUAAGGGCUUUGAUGGAUGGGCGCCGUUUGGACCUGGCAUUGUUUCUUCCAGUGUCAUUGCGGACCCCAAUGCCUUGGCUAUCUCCACCAAGUUGAAUGGACAGACUGUUCAGUCUUCCUCGACUAAGGAUAUGAUCUUCGGUGUGGCUAAGACGAUAGCCUUCCUUUCUCGCGGCACUACACUCUUGCCUGGAGAUGUCAUCUUUACUGGAACGCCCCAAGGUGUGGGUAUGGGCCGCAAGCCUCAGUUGUGGCUGAAGAACGGCGAUGAGGUCGAGGUCUCGCUCGAGGGUGUGGGAUCCUGUGUCAACCGGGUGGUCUUUGACAAGCCCAGCCCUAAGCUCUAG